CCGGCAUGGCUCCCAACAGCAGCCCGCGCAGGGUGGGGGUGUUGGGCUUUGGCCGCCUCGGACAGUCCCUGGUCUCCCACCUGCUGAGCCAGGGGCCAGACCUGGGCUUGGAGCUGGUGUUUGUCUGGAACCGGAACCCAGACCGCAUGGCGGGGCUCGUCCCUCCUUCCCUGCAGCUCCAGAACCUUGCGGAGCUGGGGGAGAGGCACCCGGACCUCGUGGUGGAAGUGGCUCACCCCAAAAUCACCCAGGAAUUUGGUGGCGGGAUCCUGCAGCAUGCAGACCUGCUGGUGGGGUCCCCCUCAGCCCUGGCGGAUGCGAGCACUGAGCAGCAGCUUCUGGAGGCGUCAGGCCGCUGGGGCCACUCCGUGUUCGUGGCGCGAGGGGCCCUGUGGGGCACAGAGGACAUCGCCCGGCUGGACGCGGCUGGGGGCCUCCAGAGCCUCCGGGUCACCAUGUCCACGCACCCCGCCGGCUUCAGGCUGGAGGGGCCCCUGGCCCAGGUGAGCUGCUCCGCGCCCCGCACGGUGCUCUACGAGGGGCCCGUCCGGGGCCUCUGCCCCCUGGCCCCCCGCAACUCCAACACCAUGGCGGCCGCCGCCCUGGCAGCCCCCAGCCUGGGCUUCGACGGCGUGAUCGGGGUGCUGGUGGCCGACCUCAGCCUCGCCGACAUGCACGUGGUGGAAGUGGAGCUGCGCGGACCCCCGGGCCCCUCGGGCCAGAGCUUCGCCGUGCGCACUCGCAGGGAGAACCCCGCGCAGCCGGGCGCCGUCACCGGCUCGGCCACUGUCACCGCCUUCUGGCGCAGUGUCCUGGGUUGCUGCCAGCUCCCCUCCAGGCCGGGGAUCCAACUCUGCUGAGAAGCCUGCGCCCUCCUGCACCACCCCUCACCCGGGCCCGCAGCUGCCCCGCCUCAGUUUCCCCGGAAAUC